GUGCCCCGUCUGGUGCCUGCAGCCGCGUGCUGAGGGUGCGGAGCGGCGCGGCUCUCUCUCUCUGUCUGUGUCUCUCUCUCUCUCCGUCUCUCCCCAGGAUUUAUGGACUUUACUUUCUAGAGGGCGGCGCGGCAAGGAUGAGAGCCCAGCUGAUGUGCGUGGUGCUGCUGGCCUUGGCCUCCUGCAGCCUCGGCUCAGAUUCAGAAGAGGAAAUGAAAGCGUUAGAAGCAGAUUUAUUGACCAAUAUGUACACAUCAAAGAUUAACAGAGCAAAACUUCCUUACUGGAAAAUGACCUUGCUAAAUGUCUGCAAUCUUGUCAACAACAUAAACAACCAAGUGGGGGAAGCAGUAGAGGUGGAUGAAGAGGAUCUCGUUUCAGGAAGACAGUUCCCUGCUGAUCUGGAUGGCUUCAGCUUGGAAGCAAUGCUGACAGUAUAUCAACUCCAAAAAGUUUGCCACAGCAGAGCCUUUCAGCAUUGGGAGUUACUUCAGCAAGAUUCUUUUGAUCUAGAGAACUCAAGCCAAGAAAAGGAAAUAAUGAAAAGAAAAAAUCCCUAUAUUCUGAAACGGCAGCUACAUGUCAACAAAGCUAGAAGACCAUACAUACUCAAGAGAAGUUCAUAUUACUGAUGCAGCAGAAGAAAACAAUGUAUAUUUAGUUUAUAGGUAACUGUGCGUUAUGGUUAUCUUAUUUAAAUCUAAAAUCAUACUUGUGUGAAAAUAUACUAUGGAAAAUCAUCAAGAUGAUAACAUAACUGUGUCUUUUUUGCAAUUGCUGUUUCUUGAUUGUGAUUUUUUCCUACUUGAGAUUAAUUGGACUGAUACAUUUGCAAAUAAAUAUAGUUUCUAAGCAUGA